CAUUGGGUGGCCCAUGAUCAGGAAGAUCCUCAACUUCCCGAGUUCUUGUUCCAUAUUCAGCACGCCGACUCGCAAGCUACGUACUCGGAUUCAGAGAUUAGCAUCAAAGCUGCGGAUACCGCCUUCGGGCUGUCAUCCGUGAGCGACGCGAGCGAAUUGCUGGGCCAUGCCAUACGUCGCCAAGACUGGACCAAUAGACGCCCCAGCCGCUUCAUUUCGACGUUUGAGGAUGCGGAACAGGCUCGUCAAUGGGGCUACCUGCGCAACGGGCCAGUUUAUAUGUAUAUCAUCAACCCCAGACUGUUGCCGCGAAGCGCUGGCAAGUGUGUGUUUUGGUUGUCAAAUAGUCCUUACGAGUAUUUGAUUCUUGACCAAAUUCCUCGUGAUGCUAUUGUCGCGAGCGAAAAGAUUAGACCUCGUACGUGUAUCAAACUCAUCACAUCUUCUUUCGUUCCGGGUCUAGCCAGCCAACUCAUCACGAACCAUGUGAACUGGGCGUGUAGAGUUCCUAGCUGCCUCAUUUCCACGUUUGGUAGCUUCGACCACGCCUAUAACUGGGGAAUGCAGAGGCACCGACCGGUUACCAUCCACCAAAUUGACACCAAUCAAAUGCACCCACAGGAGCCGAUCUUCAGAGCCUGUCAUUUCACGCCCAACUGUUUUGACAGCGAAUACCUGUUCCUUCACGACAUUGCUGGUUACAGCAUCACCCGCAGAUACUCACUUCCCGGUUCCACUCCAUCUAAUGGUAGGUAG